AGAGGGCAAAUCAGAAUCAGAAAAUUUAAAAAAUGUAGAAAUCGAAAUAACCGGUGACACAAGCAUGCAAAAGACGUCACUCUCUCUCUCCCAAAUAUCAAUUUCCAAACAAAGCAAAAGCGUAGGUUGACGAAGAGUAACCCUCGCCCCUCGAUUUUUUCUGGUAACCAAAGGCCUGAAUUUUUAACCCUUUGAAUACCAUUACCACCCAUAUACCUUCAAUUACACACCCCAAAACCCCCCUCCCAAUUUGAGCCAUGCUGGACGCUUCUCCUCGAAUCCCCAAUUACCUUGUCCCGCCCCUGUUACCGCCACCGCCACCGUCCCCUUUGGAGCCGGAGCCUGAGCCACCGCCAUCUUCUCCCCCACCCACGAAGCCCUACCAGUUUCUCUCUUCGUUAUCCUCCCUCAGAGUGACUUCGGAGUUCGAUAGUGAUAGCCGCGUGUUCUUCCACAAGCUGUCUUGUAAGCUCUUCGACAACCUUGCGAAGCUCAAACUCUCCUUCAUCAACAACGCCAAACGCGAGAUCACGGAGACCCAGUUGGCGCUAUCUUCUAAGUACUUGUCCAUAUACUACGAUCCUGAGGAACAAAAUGCCAUCUUCCAGGGUUACUACAAUGUCGGUCCUACGUGGCAUUUCAAAGCUGCCAUUGAUGUUAAGGCACAACAAGGUGAACUGGCAGCUAUUGCCAAACUUGCUGAUCCUAGUUAUGCUGUUGAAGUGUCAUCACCUGUUCCCAAUGUUUCAUUGCCCAAAGCAACAUUCAGAUUUCCCAUCGGUGAAUUUUCAUUAGAGGAGAGAGAAGAGGAUGACGUACCAAGGUUGUCGAUAAAUGGAAUUGUUAAAGGUCCAAUUUUGUAUGGGGUAGGUGCAGCACGUUACAUGGAUGAAGAACUGAAACUAAGAUACUCAUAUAAGGAUGGGACAAUGUCAUUUAUUCCUAGCAUUUCACUACCAACUAACAGGGCGUCAUUUGCAUUCAAGCGACGCUUCAGUCCAUCGGAUAAAUUGAGCUACUGGUACAAUCUUGAUUCAAACUAUUGGAGUGUGGUGUACAAGCACACGUGUGACAAAGACUUGAAAUUCAAAGCUGGCUACGAUUCUGAGGUUCGUCUUUGCUGGGCUUCUCUAUGGGUUGGAGAUGAAAAUGGCAAGGCAAAGACGGCCCCCAUGAAGAUGAAAAUCCAGUUUAUGCUACAGGUACCACAGGAUGACAUUAAGUCAACAGUGAUAUUGUUCCGUGUUAAAAAGAGAUUUCAGUUUCCAUCUCUGAUAAACAGCUCUAGUGGUGCCUCAACUCAGGACUGUAUCUCUCCCUCUCUACUCUGAGCCAAGAGUCCGAUUCUGGUUCUCUUAACCAAGAUCAUUUUGGCAAGUCAUGCAGAACAUUAAGAAAACAAAUGACCCCAUCAAGCUAUCGUUGAUUGCAUCAUCUUGGACUCUACACUAUCUAAAUAACCCCAAGUGGACGAUCAUAUUGAUGUUCCUCUUAAUCAAAGGUUGUUUGGUUCCUGUUAAAAUCUCGGAGAGAAUAGAUGAUGUAGACUGCAGUUUUUGCCUUCGGUAAUAUGAAACAAUCAGACGUAGUGAGGCUGGUUUUACCUGGGAUGGAUGGAUGGAACAAGUGAUGUCGUCCAGUGCCAUUAACACUCGGAUCCACAAUUUUCUCCAGGGAUCACAUUUUUUUUACUCACAGAAUAGUGUAAUGAUGCUAUUCAUGUAGGAUUGUUUGUUUAGAUUAUUUAGUUUUGUUUGUAUACAUUAUCAUGUAACUAAUUUUUAAUUGUCGACUUAAAUUGCUAAAA